ACAUAUGGACUAAUCGCAUAAAGUUUAAUGUAAUGGUUUUAGGUAUUGAAAAUUGAUUACUGAUUUCAAAAUAGUAAUUCAAUCUAAAAUGGUGUUCCAUAUUAUGAAACAGAUUGCUGUAUGCUGUCGUCGGCCACUAAUAAAUAAAACAUUGAGGUUUUAUGGCAUAUAUGAACCUCCUUAUUUAUCGAAACCACGUGAAGGUGCACCAUUUUAUCCAGUAUUGAAUAUACAGAUGAGAGGAUAUGUUUACCCUUUACUUGAAAACUACCAAUCUUUCAUUCAUCGUAUUGCAAAAACGUUGGACAUUGAUGUUGAAGACAGUUUUGCUUAUCCUCAUAAAGAAUAUAAGGUAGAAAGAUAUAAAAAGAACAGUGCAAUAGUUGAUUCUGAAUAUGCACUUAAACUUUAUGAAAGGGAUAUACAGAUAUCGAAUGUAUCUACUACAACAUGUCCUAUUUUAAUUAGAAUAUUAGAAGCAACUUUACCUGAAGGAGUUUCAUUACAUAUAGAUAAAUACGAUUCUGACCUAGGAAAAAAACGUUACAUACCCGACAAAGAUUUACUUGAUAUGAAAUCUGAAUUAACCGAAAUGCGGAAACCCAGAACUUAAUCAUUAUUAAGUGUCAUCAUU